AAUUCGAAAUUUCAUUCCGCCGGAAGGUUUCUCCUUUAUUUGCUCCUCCUUUUCACUCUGUGAGUUGCAGAGAGAGAGAGAGAGAGAGAGAGAGAGAGACGUCGGAGAUGCCGACGGAGACAGUGGAGGAGGAGUGCGAGGACUGGUGCUUCGUCUGCAAAGAUGGCGGUGACCUAAUCAUCUGUGAAUACCCGAAGUGCACGAAAGUUUAUCACCGUGAUGAUGAUUGCAUUGCAAAGGGUAAAUCAGUCACAGAGAGCGGGGACGGCUUCAUCUGUAAUUGGCACAGUUGCUACCUGUGUGGGAAGGCCUCAAAGCUACGGUGUUUCUGCUGUCCACAUGCUCUAUGUAGAGGCUGUGUUGCUAUUUCCGAGUUCUCAUGUAUUAAAGGGGAUAAAGGGUUAUGUAACGAAUGCAUGGGAGAAGUCUUGACUCUAGAAGAAAUUCGGGAAUAUGCUCCUGCUGGGAUAGACUUAAAAGAUCCGGAUACAUUUGAGUGUCUGUUUCUUGAGUAUUGGGACAUAAUAAAAGGCCGUGAAGGUUUAACUGUCGAAGAUGUGCGCUCUGCAAAUCCCCGAAAAAAGAGAGGCAAACGAAAGUACAAAGAAGAUCCCAAAUUUUCACCGUCUGAUAGUGAGAAUGAGGACGCAGAAGAUUACAGACCAACACACAAAAAGAAGAGAAUGAAUUUUAGCAGAAGGGGAACAAAGCCCCUUGUCGAUUUCCUAAAAUCCAUAGGGAAGGAUACUGGUGAAAAACUGGAACAUUCUGAUGUGGUUUCAAUUAUCCGCGGAUACAUCUUCGAUAAGAACCUGCUUGACGAUAAAAAGAAGAAAGUUCAUUGCGAUGAAAAGCUGCAUCCCAUCUUCAGGAGAAAGUCAGUGCGAAUGAAGAGUAUUCAUAAUCUUCUGAAAACUCGCUUUGAAGAGAACUUUGAACUAUUAGAAGACGACAUCAUAUGUUUGGAAGAAGAUUGUUCCAGUGAGAAACGUGAAAAUGUGUUGGUGCCAUGUAAGAAGCAUGAGAAGUCAGAUGAGAAAGCCAGCGAAAAGGAAGCCAAAACCGAAGUCCGGUCAAGUGGGCUUGCGUCAAUUAAUGCAGACAAUAUUAAACUUGUUUAUCUGAGGAAGAGCUUAGUCGAAGAGCUAUCGAAGAAGAAUGAGAGCUUUGAGGAAAAAGUGGUGGGAAGUUUUGUGAAAGUGAAGAAUGAUCCUCGAGAAUGUAUCCAUAGGAAUUAUUACCAGUUGUUGCCGGUUACAGGCCUUAAAAGGAAUUCAACUGCUGAUGACCCGAGCAGAGGUGUACUUCUUCAUGUUUCUGGUGUGUCAAGUCAUGUUUGCAUUUCUAAGCUGGAUGAUUCUGACAUAACUGAGGAAGAUAUUGAAGAUUUGAAGCAAAAGGUUAUGAAUGGCCAUUUGAGACAACCAACUGUGUUGGAGAUGGAAGAGAAGGCUAAGGUUCUGCACGAGGACGUUACAAGACAUUGGAUUGCAAGGCAGCUUGUCAUUCUACGGAACUGCAUUAACCAUGCGAACGAGAAAGGAUGGAGGGCCGAGCUGCUCGAGUAUCUAGAGCAGAGAGACCUGCUCGAGAAACCUGCAGAGCAAGAAAGGUUAAUAAGACAAACGCCAAGGAUCAUUGAAGAUGUUGUCGAGGUUAAGAGAAGCUCUUCAUCUUCUUCAGGCGGCGCAAGCAGACAAUGUGUAAGCAGCAGCAGCCUGACAGAGGAAGUAAUCGAUGUUGAUUAAUCAAGAUGUUGGUUUGGGUACAGAGGGAUAGACCAGAACCCUAGCUGCUCCUGUUUUUUUGGGUGUUGACCAUUGCCCAUCUCUGCAUCAACAUGGAAUCUUAGAUUUUGUCUAUGUACAUAUAUGUCUAGGAGACUUUUUUUGGACAAUGCCAAUGAUCAAGUGAAGUCCCAAUGAACAUAUUUAUGAAAGAGUGAUCACACGAGUAGUAGAAUUGGUCAAAUCUUUCAAUCCA